CGGCUCCGCGCCGGGCCGCUUAGCGGGUGCACCGCGCCCAGAGGUUGCCUGAAGGGCUGCGGGCGAGAUGGCGGCGCUGGGCUGUCUUCGCCUCUCUCGGCGCGGAGUGCCGGCCUGGCGGCCGGGUGCAGUGACAUCUGUUCACACUCAGCUGCUCCAUCAGACGCCGGCGGCUGACCGCGCCGACAGCUCUGUCCAAGUCCAGCAAAAGAGCUCAGCUGUUGUCCAGAAAAAAUCCUACGUGCCCACUAGCAGGGGCGAAUAUAUUGUCACCAAACUCGAUGACCUGAUCAACUGGGCGCGAAGGAGCUCCUUGUGGCCGAUGACGUUUGGCUUGGCGUGCUGUGCUGUGGAGAUGAUGCACAUGGCAGCUCCCCGCUACGACAUGGACCGCUUUGGGGUAGUGUUUCGAGCUAGUCCCCGGCAAGCUGAUGUCAUGAUUGUAGCCGGCACCCUGACGAACAAAAUGGCUCCGGCUCUUCGAAAGGUCUAUGACCAGAUGCCAGAGCCUCGCUACGUGGUCUCCAUGGGGAGCUGUGCCAACGGCGGGGGUUACUACCACUACUCCUACUCCGUGGUGAGGGGCUGUGACCGUAUUGUGCCGGUGGACAUCUACGUGCCAGGUUGUCCACCUACUGCUGAAGCUUUGCUGUAUGGAAUCCUGCAGCUUCAGAAGAAAAUCAAACGGGAGAAGAAGAUUCAGAUCUGGUACAGGAAAUAGCCUCCUAUUUAUGACCUACCCACUACUGCCCACCUGGGGCACCUGCUUGCAUUUGUACGCACAAUAAAUCUGUAUUCUCACAAGCCUUCCAAUAAACCUCUACCUGGUUAA